AUGCCUCCCCUCCCCUCCCCCUCGUCAUCGAGCGCGCCGGCGCCGAUCCUCCUCAUCAGCGCCGACGGGGAGAGCUUCACGAUCGAGGCGUUCCACCUCUUGGCCGCGAGCGCGCAGUUCCGCGCGCAGGCCUCAGCGCAAGACCUCGCCUCGACACCACCAAUCCACUUCUUCGACCCCGCCAUCGAGUCAGCGCCGACGCUGCGCCUGUUUCUGCAGCUCAUAACGGCGGGGUCUCUCUCCCUUCCCCUGCCCAGCGGCAGUCUCGAGCCCGACACGCAUCUCCACGCCCUCAACGCCCUAGUCCACUUCCUCAUCAAGUGGGGCUGCGGCCCCGCGCUCUCGACGCUCACGCUACACCUGGGCGCCGAGCUACGCGCGCACCGCCUUGCGCCGUUAUCGGCCUUCGUGCUCGCCAGCACGGCAAAGGACCUCGAGCUCGCGCUGAGCGCGCUCAAAGAGCGCAGGGACAAGGACGUGCGCUGGCCCAAAGGCUCCAAGAAGGAGCGCUGGGUCGCUGCGAAAGCCGGCGCGCGCGGGCUCGACGCCAAGAGCCUGCCGCUCGACGUGUGGCGCCUCAUUCGGCCCAGCUACGUUUGGGCGCUCGUGCGUGCCUCUGGCGAGGCGGACUGGGAUGAGAAGGGGUUCGAUAGGGCGUUUGAGGAGUUUGUGCGCGCUGCCGACGACGCCGAGGGGAGGUAG